UCGCAUGGCGUCGUUUGAUGUUGUUCGGUUAUGGAGUUGGGUAAUGGAAACUAUAGUGGCCGAUCUGUCACGAAACUGACACGAGAAGACCACGUUCGUGCAAGCAUGCAAUCAAAACACACAGUAUAGCAAGAAUAACUGCUUUUGCUUCGAACACAAUCAUUGUCAUUUUCGAUCUGUAGUUUUAGCAUACGAAAAAAAUAUUUAAACUUUCAGUGAAACCUCAGGAAGACAAUAUCUGCAGAUCGACACACUACAAAUAAGAUGGUGUUUUUUCCCGUGCUAUUAUAAGUCGAAUAGAUUAUGUAAAUGACAUAAAAACUGUUGUAUGAGUUACACCUAUGUUUCUGAAACACAUCAAGUCCUUUAAGGUUAUCUCAUAGGGUCGGAAUGAUAUGUCUAUAUUGUACGACCCUUGUAGUAGGCACCUGUUUGUUUUUGAAUGUAGGGAAUCAUGCAUUCUUAAAUUGAUAAUCUUUGUUCAUAAAUACACAAUGUUGAUGAUGUACUAAGUGUAGCAAAGGAGUACUCGCAAUUGAAGUUUCAUGCAUCAAAUAUUGGUGUGUGACUAAGCCAAUAAUCAAUUCCUGAUAUUGAUGUUUGAUGAAGAUACACCUACAGGACCAUAUCAACCACAGUAUUUUCCAAAAACAAUUCUUACUCAUCUGAGUCAUAAGUACCAGUGCAAACUAGAUUUCAUUUAAUGGAGUGACGUUGCAUCUUGUCUUGGAAGUGGUGAGUCUGUAUCAAGAUUAUCAAUUACAGUCCCCAGUACGGAAGAUGUUUCCAACACGACAAGACACAGAAUAUGAAUUUGACUUGAACCCCUAUGAAAGUUUCAUGAAGAGGCACCUCCAGCACUAUGGCUACUAUACAGGUCGCAACCAGAAUUAUCGCAAUGCCUUCCAGUCAUACCAGGAGUGGGACAAAACAUACGACUACACCAUCAGCAGUGACUCUGACGAUGACACUGAUGACACUGAUGACCAGAAAGAUGCUCAAGACAACAAACUUCAGGAGGAACUGUUGCGGACAACCCAACUGGUGUAUAGUUAUGAAGCUGGCAGAAUGGUUCCGAAACUACGAGAACCUCGUAAUCUGUACGCCCUGGCUAAAGAACCUGGCCCACAGCAAGCUGCUAGAUGGCCAGCUGACCUUCAAGUCCAGGACAACAAGGUCAAACAUAUCCGCUAUGUGCCAACAGAACCGGAGACAUUCUACAAACAAACUGGCCUAGAGAAGACACCAAUGGUGCGAGGUGAAGUUGGUGGUGGCAAAGUUGUCUACAAUUAUGAUCCAAAGAAUUCUUUUUUUGUGCGGUCCCGUGUUGGUGGGUCAAGGACAGGGUGUGAGCAAGUCGGCUAUGUCCCAAAGUCAAAAGAGGACACCACGCUUGUGUUUGAGUCUCGGUUCGAGAGUGGUAACCUGGCUAAGGCUGUGCAAGUUGGGGAGUAUGACUAUGAGCUUUGGUUGCGCUACGACCUGUACACCAACAAACACACCCAGUGGUACUACUUCCGUGUGUCCAACACACGAGCCAAUGUCAAGUACAGGUUCACCAUCGUCAACUUCAUGAAGCCUGACAGUUUGUACAACUAUGGUAUGAAGCCUUUGAUGUACAGUGAGAAGGAUGCACUGCAAAGGAAGGUGGGAUGGGUGCGUUCUGGCAUGGACAUCAAGUAUUACAGGAACAACCUCAGAUAUGAAACUUCAAGAGGGGACCGGCCGUUCUACUCUCAGACAUGGGUGGUUCAGAUGAAUCACAACCAUGACACUGUGUACUUCUCUCACUGUUUCCCCUACACCUACACUGACCUUCAGGACUAUCUACUGGAGGUCAGUAACGACCCCAUCAAGUCUCGAAUCUGUAAACAACGGGUCCUGUGUCGGACUCUGGCAGGCAACCUUGUGUAUGUUCUCACCAUUACAUCACCCUCACAGAACCCAGAAGACAUCAAGCACAAGAAAGCAGUGGUUGUGACGUCUCGGGUACAUCCAGGAGAAAGUAACUCUAGCUGGAUGAUGAAGGGCUUCCUUGAUUACCUCACUGGCAACUCUGCUGAUGCUAAGCUGUUGCGUGAUACAUUCAUCUUCAAGAUAGUGCCAAUGUUGAAUCCUGAUGGCGUGAUAGUGGGCAACUAUCGCUGUUCUUUGGCAGGCAGAGACCUCAACCGGAACUACAAGACAGUGCUCAAAGAUUCCUACCCCUCUGUGUGGCACACAAAGAACAUGAUCAGAAAGUUGCUGCAAGAAAGGGAGAUAAUCGUGUACUGUGAUCUUCACGGACACAGUAGGAAGCAAAAUGUCUUCAUCUAUGGCUGUGAGAACCGACACAACGCCAGUCGCAGACUCAAGGAGAGGAUAUUCCCCUGUAUGCUCAGCAAGAAUGCUCCAGACAAAUUUAGCUUCAACUGCUGCAAGUUCAAGGUCCAGAAGAGCAAGGAGGGGACAGGGAGGAUUGUCAUGUGGAACAUGGGCAUUAUGAACAGCUACACUCUAGAGGCAACAUUUGCUGGCUCUACAAUGGGCAAGAAGAAAGGCUUCCAUUUCACACUGGCCGACUAUGAGUCCCUGGGCUACCAUUUCUGUGAUACACUGCUGGACUUCUGUGAUCCUGACAAUACCAAAUGUGGAAACAUUCUUGCUGACUUGGAGGAGAGACUGAGAUUGGAGAUUCUGACGAAGAUGGAAAAGGAGGGACUAUCCCCAGGAGAUGUUGAUCUCUCAGACUUCUCCUCAGACAUGGAAUCAAGUGAUGGUGGAUCCGACAGCUCCGUGUCCGAUGGGCCUCCAGUACAUCUCCAGUUUGCUGCAGCCAGAAUGAAGAAAGGGCUAGAAGCAGUACCCAAAAAGAAGAAGAAGCUAAAGUCAAGGAAGGAGCGAGACAAACAGCUUGAUAAAGAGCCUCCCAAACCCGAGAAGCCGAUCAGUGAGCCCCCAGAGAAGAAGCCUGUUAGCAGCCACCCUCACGGAAAACAGGACAAGGGUUCAACCCAGGCACUCCGGUACUCUACGUCAUCUAAACGGCCUCGGUCGCAGGACGAACGUACCAAUAAUGGUAUACCAAUAUUUGUACAAGAGAGGUGCGAUGAACGACAACAGAAACGGGCUUUGAGUGCUGCCUCUCGUCAAAGAGGCACCCCACCCCAGAAUGAGUCUGACUACCUGGAAGCGUUGACGGCAGCGUACCUGAGAAAUGGGAUCCCCCUCCUGAAUGAACCAGUUUUUGUGAAACUGGAUCCAAAGAGAGUUCCUCAUUUCCGCUAUUCUGGCAACAAACACAUCCCCGGCAACCUCCCCUUCAGUCUGGAGGGGCUGUGUCCGCACCAUGAACAAACUUUCGCAGCCCAGUACGUUGCACAUCAGUUGCAAGGGACAGGAGCUCACGACGGGGUGAAAAAAGACCUUCGAGGUGGUAAACUUAGGAAAAUCAGGGAUAAGCAACAGCAAGAUAAGGACCUGGCACCUUCAUCUGAACCUCCGUCAGGCAAUUCCUACUUUAAGAUUUGGAAGUUAUUCUCUCGGCGGAGUACAGAUGAGCCUGAGGUGACUGUGGAGGACUACCUCAAGUCCCGCCAGAGUAACGUACCCCCGCUGGACAGGCGGCAGAUGCCACGCCACCUGGUGGAGGUUUCAGCAGCACAGCAACGACAACAGGAUAUGCUACAGAAGGUAGAUAAGAGUAAUCUCAUCAAACAGCAUCCGAACCCUUUUGAUGAGAAGCACACUGAUGGCAGAAAAGGUGAUCGACCACGAGCUCGCAUCCCGUCAGCAACGUUUGUCAACUACGACACAUACCAAGACGACAGAGAGGAUGUAGAUACAGAAGGAUCAUUCGAUCAUAGCAGGAGAAGUGGAUCGCUUCGAGGGCAACGGGACAAAAAUGGUCGCAAAAGCAGGAUGGGUAUGCAUGAGGAGGAGGAGUCCCAAGUUCCACGAGCUCUCAGCACUAAUGAUGUACUCGACCUCACAACAACCUAUGUGCGUCAGCAGCCCCGUGUACAGUCUGCCCAUGCCAACGAAGAGAUGAACAACGCCAUGAACAGCAUCCGUGAACUGAAACAGUCCCUGGCGACAACAGCUGGACAGAGCAGUCUCAGCCCCACUACAGGAACCUACAUCCGAAAACUGCUGAAGGAGACGAGUGAGGAGAUUGACAGCCUGACGUCAGAGCUACAGGGAGAUAUAGAGAAAGAAAGAAAGCUAACCAAAGAAAUUCAACAUGAUAGAAUAGACGGGAAAAGAAAGAACCGAGAUGACCAUCGACAUCCGGAAGCCGAACAGAGGGAAGUAACUCUAGGACCAAAGUCCAAUACUGCUCGCAGGAACAAGAAAUCUGAGGUUGAAGUUAAGCAACAGAAACUCUACCAGCUGGAGUAUGACAACCAUGUCACAGUGACCUCUGCACCACAGCUGACCCGGGACGACAGUGGCGCCAGCAGUCGGGAGGAGAGACCAUGCUCUGAGGCUGCUUCUCGGGGAAGGUCAGCCCGAUCUAAUCGGCAGGUUAUUGAAGCGGUGCCAACGAAAAUCUCCUUGAUGAUCAGUUCUGAUCAUCAGGACAUUGACCAGCUGACCAGUGGCCGGCAAUGGCUGCCAAUGUACAAGACAGUACGUCCACCCUAUCUGCGACCUUGCAAUGGCAAGAGGAAAUAGCCACUGCUCAACAUUAAGAGUAAUAUCAUCAUGAACUGUGAUACCAUUCCCUGGAAGAAUAGCAAUUCAUUAUUCAAAUUGUUGUGUCCUUUCAGAUGGAAAAUAUAUCAACAUCAUUAUAAGAUUAAAUUAAAAAACUAAGAAUUUUGUUAAGUGUUUUUAUUCAUUUAUUGAAUUUAUGAAACAGAUUAUAUUUGUAUUUAUGUCUACAUUUUCAAUAUUAAUUUUGAUUUGUUAGUGAAUCUUACUGUUUUCAGAUGAAAACCUAUUACAAUGGUUUCUGUUUGAUACAAUGUUUGUGACUGAUAAAGACAAAUUUACUUAUUCAAAUUUUAUGAAUGAUGCCCAAGUAGAUGUUUUGUUCAUAGAGGUGUAAGUCAUAUCCUAGAGGUUAAUUUAAACUUGAAGGAAGUGUCUUUGCAAAACAUAACUGAAUAAUCACAUAAAAAAAUCAUUUCAUUAUUGAUAAGCACAAUUUCUAGCAGAGACACUUUUCACAAUGCAUACUUUAAUAUGUUGAAUGUCCUAAAAUUCUCUUGGCAAUACAGUGAGGUACAAGACAAUUGUAUUUUCCAAUAGUUUAAAAGUGAACUUUCAUUGCUUACAGAUACAAAACUGUAAUUGGUAGAAAUUAAAAGUGAUACAAAUAUUCAUAUGUGACAUUACAUUGUUUCGUUGACAAUCAGUAUUUAAUUAUAUUCCUAGCAAGCCCAGGAUAAUAAUCAUGUCAUCUCAUAACUUUAUUCUCAAGUUGUGUCUCAGAAGGCAAUGUUGUCUCAUGUCACAUGUAUUUCAUAAAUACUGCCAAAAGUAAUCAUAAUUUGGAGGUACUCAACUUGCUUCUCUGAAUAUAAAUGCUCAGUUUAUGAAUGAAGUUAUCAAUUAUUAAUAAGGCCAUUAAUUGAGUACAUUUUCAUCCAAAUUUAUCAACAUUGAGGAAGAAUCAUUUGAAGUUUUUCACCUGUUAGUGUAUAUGCUUCUCCUAGAGCAUGUUGCGUAACUAUGCUUGUAUGUAUUUCAUCAAGUACAAGAAAAAGGGAUCAAAUUGAUUUUCUUCAUCUGUUGGUGGCAUGGGUGGGGGCUGUCAAUCAGGUCAUUAAUGUAUCGUGGCCUUAUUGUGACAUUUUCAUUCUAAUGCAUUAAUUUCUGCACCAAUAUCUGUGAUAUGAGUUGAGUAUGUUGUCAUAUUCCGUCCCUCCUACGCAAUGUGCUCAGUGUCUCCCUUUUCUCAGGACAAUUACACGACAAUACCAUUGACAACUAACACGAGCUGGAUUCACUUUACAAACUAGUGGCCAGUCAAUAAUUUCAAGGCCACAGCAAUUUAACGACUUGUUUUACACAUCUACCAUCGCUUAACCACCUUUCCCCACCCUUGAAGGAGAUUUGAGAAAUAAACUUGUUAAUCUUGUAUUUCAACAUUAAAAGUGACACUGUAUUAUUCUCUUGUUCACUCCAGCAGUCCUUUACCACCAAAACUUCAAAAGGUGUACGUGUACAUAAGAAUACAAUAGGCACAACUCAGUGAUUAUAGUUAUAGGUGAACUCAUGUCAGAGACAAUAUGGUAAGUAUACAUUGUUGCCCUCACUGAUUGAUCUGACAUUAAGGUCGGAUGUGUGAAACACCUCAGAAGUCAAACUAUUUCAAAGGACAACAGGAGUCUGAGAUAGCAGGGAUUCAACUGUCAGGAUGGAUUUUUAAAGUAUAUAGAGUUUGGAUAAGGCCUGUAAAAGAAGUAAUUCAGAUGAUCUGGACUGAUCAGAUGUCUUUUUACCUUCAAUGUACUCUUCUUAAAUGUGGUUUAACUCUUUGUUUGUAUAAUGUAGUAACUAUGCACAUUGUACCAUAUGUUCAAUACUGCUGAUACCUGUACAUACCUGUUAUAAUAAAUACUCCUGUAAUUAA